AUGUGGGGUCGAAUUGGGAGCGGCGGCACCACCAUUUUUACAUCCCCGGUUAUUAAUCCUCAUCUGAGUGAAUGGUGGAGGAGAUUCCGUACGCCGCCGCCAUCUGAGGCGCCGUUGCCGGAGACGGCGACGGAUAUGGCGUCGGAAACGGAGUCGGCCGUUUCGACGGUGUUGGAGACGGAGGCUCCGGCAAUCCAGACGGUGUCGGAGACGGCGCCGUCGAUCAGAAUCUCCGUGUGGGUGUACGUAGCUUCAAUGGUGGUCGGUUUACUACUCCUGUCCGUCGGCGGCUACCUGUGGUUAGCAUAUCCCGAGCACAACGCUCACCAGCAGGAACAGCUCCCGGUGGGACAACCUAGGACUACGAUCGCAGAGCCUCCGACGAGUUAUUUCGCCGGAGCGCCUUCUCCGCCACCGGCAGGACCACCACCGCCGCCGCCGUCGCCUCCGCCGCCUCCGCUUCCGGCAUACGAUCCUUUGGCUGCAGCGAAGAAAUAUUUUGCAACUCUCCAACAAUUGGCAGCUGCCAAACAAUACCGUGACCAGCGUAAGAGGUUGAGGACGACAUUCGCUUUUGAAAGUGUGAUAUGCAAAUUGACUUUGUAUUAUGAUUAUUGGCAACUCAACGAGGUUUUGGAGGCUUUGCUGGCUUUGCUGCCAAAAGGCAUGACUAUAUCUUCAUCUCUUGAACCACUUGGUAAUAAUAUCCCUCCUCACGUUGAAGUGGCGGCCUUCAACUUCACCGAUGACCAUCUUGAUCAAGAUAAAUAUCUUAUCACAACGGGACAUGUUUUCCGCAGAGAUCCUUUUGAGAUGGUGAAAAUAUUGAAACCAGGAUUUAUUAGAUUUCCAGGGCCAUGGGAAGAGACGUCAGCUCGUGAUGUUAUUUGGAAUUUCGAGUUUCUCCAGAUUGCUCAGGAUUUGGAGGCAGAACCUGUAUGGUUGUUCAACAAAGGAGUUGGCACUUCCACUUCCAGCAUCCAACCUUCUUUGUGUCCUAACGCCUCGUAUCGGUUAACGCUUAUAACGUAG